GACCAAUCAACAUCUUUUUACUCUGCGACUCGGGAGAGGCUGUCGCACGGCCUCGUCCUUGACAUUUCUAGAAAGAAGUUCAUCACAACUAACUAACCGUUUGAUUAAACAUUACAAAUACGACGCCCUUGCGUUCUCGAUACUACUCUAUUUCGUCGACUAUUCUGCCCUAGUUAAAUCUCGAUAUUAAAUUUAUAGCUUGCCGAUACGGCUUACAGCUAGAAAUAUCAUGACGCGGCCCAACUCCUAGCCGAUCCCCUGUUCGCAUAUAGAAUAUGUGGCUCGAUCGGCUUGCUGGUCAGUCAUCGUCACCUUCAUCCUCCCAGCCAGGCAGCCGCUCUUAUUCUCCUGCACCUCGACGAACCCCGAGCGGAUUAGGUCCUUAUAUCACAUCUCAGCAACGACCUGGCCUUACGCCGAGAUCGUCAUCGCUAUCCCUCGCAUCCACCGAAUCGUCAGCUUCUUCGUUCUUGGCAUCUUCCAGGAGGGCCAAUGGCUCGACAUUGAAAGAAUCGAGGACAAUAUAUACAGGACCUGACCCAGUAGAAAUUCUGAAUAAUCUCCUGGGCGAUGAUAAACAAAAUGCGACAUCUACCUCUAAAUCAGCGGCUGACUCGGUCAGCUUAAUAUCAGCUGAAGAUCUCCAACUGGAAUUUGAUUUUGGCGGGUUAUCUAUUCGAGAGCUAGCAUUGUCAGAGGAACAAGCGAUAGACGGUGUUAGUGUACAUAGACCGCAGGCAGCUGAAGAAUAUGAACAAGACAAGACCAAAUUCGAGGAUUUACACAAAUCGAUACGAGCUUGCGACGAGGUGUUAAGCUCAGUAGAGACUAAUCUGACGAGUUUUCGUAACGACUUAGCUACGGUAUCUGCCGACAUCGAGACUUUACAAGCGCGAUCGACCGCUCUUAAUGUACGAUUGGAAAACCGAAAAGCGGUAGAGAAGGGGCUAGGACCCGUAGUUGAGGAGAUUAGCGUACCACCGACGGUGGUAUCUAAGAUCGCCGAUGGUCACAUUGACGAGGCAUGGGUAAAGGUCCUUGCUGAGAUCGACAAGAGGGCUACCGCGCAUAAAAAGAGCACAUCGAGUACGCAAGGUAACAAAGGUCUACAAGAUCUAGGUCCCUUAUUAGAAAAGCUGGUACUCAAAGCCGUCGAACGAAUACGAGACUUUCUGGUUGCUCAGAUUAAAGCUCUUCGAUCACCACAUAUCAAUGCGCAAAUCAUCCAACAACAGAACUUCCUCAAAUUUAAGGAUCUAUACUCCUUCCUCCAUAAACACCAUUCUACGUUAGCCGACGAAAUAUGUCUGGCAUAUAUGAAUACUAUGAGAUGGUAUUAUGCCAACCAAUUCAGUCGCUACGAGAACGCACUCAAAAAAAUAAAGCUACACUCCUUAGAUAAGACGGAUGUGCUGGGGAACGAGGAUACCUCCCGUAAAGGGACCGUCCUCUCGAGUUCGAAAAUCGCUGGGCCACCGCAUGAUGCCUUUAACUUAGGCCGGCGCGUCGACCUCCUGCGUACGAGCAACCAAAGCGCACUCUCGUCCUAUCUAGCCGAAGAGGACCAAUCGACACAUUACCUCGAAGCCCCCUUCCGAAACUUCAACCUAGCCCUCAUCGACAACGCGACAGCCGAGUACACCUUCCUCGCAUCCUUCUUCUCGCCCGCCCUGAGCUAUUCCACCAUCUCGCGCCACUUCGCCUACAUCUUCGAGCCUACAUUUCAACUUGGCCACGCCCUCACUAGGACCCUGGUAACGGAUACAUAUGACGCUAUUGGCGUUUUAUUGGCUGUUCGCUUGAAUCAACAUUUCCAAUUCCAACUCCAGCGCCGCAAAGUCCCCGCCGCGGACAGCUAUCUCAACGGCACCGCCAUGCUCCUCUGGCCCCGCCUCCAAGCAAUCAUGAACGCACACUGCGAAUCCGUGCGCACUCUAUCCUCCGCCCUCCCCUCUCGCCCCCCGACAUCGAAAGCAGACCAGAGUCGUCUAUCCGCCGCCCCACACGUAUGCACUCAACGCUUCGGACAAUUACUCCAGGGUAUCCUAGCCCUAAGCGCCGAAGCCGGAGACGAUGAACCCGUAGCUACUAGUUUACGCCGUCUACGCGGUGAAAUCGAGGCCUUUUUAACGAAGUAUGGGACUGCGUUUGGUGGCGAUAAGAGGAAGAGAGAGAGGUUUUUGUAUAAUAAUUAUAGUCUGAUACUUACGAUUAUAAGUGAUACGCAGGGAAAGCUGGCGAGUGAGGAGCAGGGGUAUUUUGAGGGGUUGAAGGCGGCUUUUCAGGAAGCUGCGUGAAUAUGCACCGAAUUGAGUUGAGUGUGGGAAGUGACCUUUUUUGGCGGAAUUGAGGGAUUGUGAUUGUAGGUAUUUAGGUAGCGUUGGGAUGACCAAAUGAGAUUGAAAUUUUGAAAUGCAAU